AUGAUGAAAAAGCCAGCGGGGAUUGUAGAAGAUGGAUUUGAUUCGAUUCAGCAACGAGAAUCCGAAUUAGAGCGAUUACAGAAACCUGUGCAAGAUCGCCCCGGUGAAUCUUCUCAAAAUCCCGAUUUUACCAAAGAAACGCCUCAAAUCAAUAGAGCAAGAACGAAACGACGAAAAUAUGAAGAUGAAGAAGAUGAGGAAUCACCGGUUGUCAGGAAAUCUCGUCGUUUGUGCAAGAAACUCGUGCCAGCUCUUGUCUGCAAUUACCUCAUCAGCGAUAAUGUUUUCAUCUACGUUCUCGAUACAUUACUCAUGUUUUUC